AUGGCGGAGCUGCAGCCGUUCCUGCAGGUGACGCGCUCGGCCCUGCAGCGGUCUUUUGAUGUGAAUUUUGGGGCUGUGCUUCAUGUUUCCCAGAUAGUUGCUCGGCAGAUGAUUGCACUGGGGGUGCAAGGGGCUAUUGUGAACGUCUCCAGCCAGGCCUCGAAGCGUGCCCUGAGGGACCAUGCUGUUUACUGUUCCACAAAAAGUGCUUUGGAUAUGCUGAGCAAAGUAAUGGCAAUGGAACUGGGACCCCACAAGAUUAGGGUGAACACUGUGAACCCCACCGUGGUUAUGACUGACAUGGGAAGAAUUAACUGGAGUGACCCUCAGAAAUCUGCUGCCAUGAUGAAUCGGAUUCCCCUGGGAAAGUUUGCAGAGGUGGAUGAUGUGGUGAACAGCAUUCUCUUCCUACUGAGUGACAAGAGUGCUAUGACAACUGGCAGCUCACUGAUGAUUGAUGGGGGCUUUCUUGUCUCCUAAGAUGACACCUGCGUUUCACACCUGGCCUCAAUUUUCAUAUGAAUACUAGAUGUAAACUGGAUAGAAAAUAAUGAUACAGACUUCUUGCUGGAGGGGCAGGAGGGCUGAAGACUGUAUUAGAAGUGAUGCAGAAAAUCAAGCUGCAAGGCUGCUAUAUAAUAAAGCUCACAUACACCUUCAUGGAGAAUGUUUAUUGCACCAAAUAAGGUUUUAUCUUGUCACUCUACAUGAUGAUUAGAAAUUGGACCUUUCUUCCAACCCUGUUCCCCCCCCACAACCCUUCAGAAGCUCUCCCUGUUCCAUCCAAAUCCAGAGUCUGUCUGCAUUUUCAGUGGGAAGGGAAAGAAGUUAGCAGACUCCUCAUUGCUUCCUUUGUUGUCUUUAGUAGAAAAAAAAAAAAAUAGAGGCAACAACCCCAGCCCUGCUCUGCAGAGACUGGAUUUUGGGGGGAGGCCCUGCUAAAGACUAAUGGAGGGGAGCAGCACCAUGUAAGGUGUGCACACACAAAAAGGCAAUUGCAUUGAUUGCACAGAGCUGUUUCACUCACAGAGUUUGGCUAGUACCCAAUAAAGCACCUAAUGAUUCAUUUUUCAGCUUCUUAUUUACUUUGACCCCUUCCAGGGCUGGUUAUGAUUUCUUUAACAGUCUCAGGAACAUUCUGCUAGAGCAUCAGUCUUUUAAUUGUUAGCCACAGCAGGCUGGAUAAGGAGAUUCUACCACCCUCCCAGCUAUUCUUGUCUUUCAGCACCAUUGAAAUCAGCUCCCUCCCCACUCCCACCAGGAUGUUCACCACCUGUUUCACCUGCAGGCUGAAAAUAGGUGUUUCCUGAACAGGAUGGAUGUCUCAGCCCUUUGCACUUGGAGUUCAGGAGAGCCAAAACAGCUUGUUGCCAGAAGGAGCUACCUUGCCUUCCCCACUGUACCUCCCCUGGGGUCUGUAUAGUCCCCAGCUGGUCUCCUGUCCCCACUGCCCCUUCACAUCAACACUGAC